GAUCUCAUUUUUGAUUCCUGCAGUUCACACGCAACAAUAUUCGAGUCUCAGCCUAGCUUUAUCGUCUUCGAUAUCUGCAUUUCUCCCAUUGUCGAGCGAAAACAUGAUUGCUUUGAAGUGACGGUUCUCGACGGAUUGCGAUCAAGUGUCGAUAAGCAUUAUGGAGAAGGGCAGUGCGCAUUCUUCCGACAUGUCUGCUGGCUGGGAACGUGUCUCGGAUAAUUCGCAGUCCGGCGAGAGCAUGUCCUCCAAUGACCAGCCAUGGUGGAAGGAACAGGAAGAAAUAGUUAUAUCCGGAGUUUCCGGAAGAUUCCCGCGAUGUGAGAACGUGAAUGAAUUUGGAGAUCUGUUACUUCAAGGAGAAGAUCUCAUCACAGAAGACGAUCUCAGGUGGCCACCUGGUUUCUACGAUCUGCCAAAACGACAUGGCAAGCUCAAGGAUCUCAAGAAGUUCGAUGCGCAGUUCUUCUCCGUGACUCCGAAGCAAGCAAACUUCAUGGACCCUCAAGUCCGCAUCCUUCUUGAGGUGGCCUGGGAAGCGAUGGUCGACGCAGGAAUCAAUCCAAUAGACUUACGUGGGUCGCGCACUGGAGUGUUCGUUGGAUGCUCCGCUUCGGAAACUUCCGGUGCUCUCACCCAAGAUCCGGAGACGGUUACCGGCUACACUCUGACCGGAUGCGUUCGAUCGAUGUUCUCGAACCGUAUCUCAUACACAUUCGAUCUACAAGGACCGUCAUUCUCGGUCGAUACAGCCUGUUCUAGUUCCUUGCUGGCUCUUCAGCUAGCUGUUGAUGCUAUUCGUCAAAAGCAGUGCGAUGCUGCCAUCGUGGCUGGGGCUCACCUGACCCUUACUCCAACUGCAGCUUUGCAAUUUCUCCGUCUGGGAAUGCUCACCGAGAAAGGCAGCUGUCGUUCCUUCGACGAUUCUGGAGAUGGGUACUGUCGUACCGAAGGAGUAGCCGCCAUAUUCAUCCAGAGGAAAUCGAAGGCUAACCGCAUCUACGCCACCGUGCUCCAUGCCAAAUCUAACACUGACGGGUACAAGGAACAGGGCAUUACAUUCCCAUCCGGCGAACGUCAGGCUCAGUUGCUUGAGGAAGUUUACAAUGAAGCUGGAGUUGAUCCCAACAGCGUUUACUACGUGGAAACCCACGGAACAGGAACCAAAGUUGGAGAUCCUCAGGAAGCUAACGCUAUUUGCCAAGUUUUCUGCUCAAACCGCAAGGAGCCACUUCUCAUUGGAUCCGUCAAAUCUAACAUGGGCCAUGCAGAACCUGCAUCCGGUCUCUGCUCCAUUGCGAAGGUUCUUGUCGCAAUUGAACGUAAAUUAAUUCCACCAAAUCUUCACUUUAACACACCCAACCAGUAUAUUCCUGGUCUUACUGAUGGUCGAUUGAAAGUAGUAACUGAACCUACUCCUCUUCCUGGAGGUGUCAUCGGUAUCAACUCCUUUGGAUUUGGAGGCUCUAAUACUCACGUCAUCCUCAAGGCGCCUGAUCAUUCUGCUCCUCCUCUGAGUGAAGUACCAUUUACAAAAAUCCUCACAUAUUGCGGUAGAACCCAAGAUGCCGUGCAGUACGUCUUUAGCGUUGUGGAGAAUAAUGUCAAUGACGGUUACUUGCAAGCCCUUCUUGCAAACCAAGCCAACUUACCAGCGAAAGAUACGCCGUUCAGAGGCUAUAUGCUGAUAAAUCGUGGAGGUGACCAGCCACCCCUUAAGGAUGUACAGAAGGUAUCAAUCACUGAACCACGUCCAAUCUAUUUCAUCUACUCGGGUAUGGGAUCGCAAUGGCCUGGAAUGGCUCAAAAUCUCAUGAUGAUUCCUGUGUUUGACGAAUCAUUGCGUGCUUCGAGCAAAACGUUGGAAGAAUUUGGAUUAGAUGUGUAUGGCAUGCUUUGCAACUCUGAUCCAUCCCAGUAUCAGAAUAACACUUUAAAUUGUAUGCUUGCUAUCACCGCUAUACAGAUAGCUUUGACAGACCUACUGUUCUCACUCGGAGUGACUCCUGAUGGUAUCAUCGGUCAUUCUACUGGCGAAAUGGGUUGCGGAUACGCUGAUGGAGGCAUUACACGUGAGCAGACCAUGCGCCUCGCAUAUCAUCGCGGUACCACGAUGAUGAAGCACAAAGAGAUUAAAGGAGGAAUGGCAGCCGUUGGUCUUACCUGGGAAGAAGCUGCAGCACAAUGUCCUGAAGGAGUCGUACCAGCGUGCCAUAAUGGAGCGGAUUCCGUCACUAUUUCUGGAGAUGGCGAGAAAGUACUGAAGCUUUGUGAACAGUUGAAGGAAAAGGGCAUUUUUGCCAAGUCCGUCGACUCCUCUGGAAUACCGUUCCACUCUCCAAUGAUGGCACGAGUUAAGGAGCCUAUGCUCCAGGCGAUGCGUACGGCUGUACCUGAACCAAAGCCUAGAUCAUCCCGCUGGAUUUCUACCUCCAUUCCCGAGAAGGACUGGGAAAGCGAGCUGGCAAGUACAUGCUCUGCCGACUACCAUGUGAACAAUGCCAUCUCUCCGGUUCUGUUCUAUGAAGCACUGCAGAAGAUACCUCCAAGUGCUGUGACAAUCGAAUUGGCACCCCAUUCCCUGAUGCAAGCCAUUCUGCGUCGAUCUCUACAGAAAACUGUUAGCAACAUAGGUUUGAUGAAUAAGCCUAAGACUGAGAAUGAGAACGAGCUGGAGACGUUCCUGCAGUCACUCGGUAAAAUCUACCAAGCUGGAGUGAAUAUUCGCGUCGAGGAUCUAUAUCCUGGUGGACGAUUCAAGGGUGUAGUGCCAAGAGGAACACCUAUGAUUGGUCCGAUGUGGAAGUGGGACCAUUCUCAGGACUGGCCCGUCAUCGAUGGUCGUCACAUGGCAGCUGCUGGAGGUGGCGGACUUGCCGUAUCCGCUUCUUAUCAUAUUGAUCCAUUCUCGGCAGAUUCUAAAGAAUCGUAUCUUCUUGAUCAUUGCAUCGACGGUCGCGUGUUGUAUCCGUUCACUGGUUAUCUGGUGCUAGCGUGGAAGACCUUGGCCAAACUCAAUGGAGUCGACUUCCAGAAAACAGCUGUAGUCUUCGAAAACAUCAAUGUCUACUCCGCCACCAUUCUGACAAAACCGAUUAAGCUCGAUUGCGUUGUAACACCUGGAAAUGGCAUGUUUGAAAUCCUCUCUGAAGAGCAGGUGGCUGCGUCUGGUAGGAUAUACAUCCCCGAGGAGAACCAGCCGUUCUACUAUGGCAAGCUGAGCGACAUCCGUACUUCCGAGAUUGCAGACAGGAUCGAGCUCGAUACUGAGGACGCUUACAAGGAGUUCCUUCUGCGAGGUUACGAAUACGGACAAGCCUUCCGUGGCAUCUACAAAACAUGCAAUUCCGGCGAGCGUGGAUAUCUGUAUUGGACAGGCAAUUGGGUGACUUUCCUGGACUCACUUCUCCAGACGGCUCUGCUAGCGGAGCGUGCCGACACUCUUCGUCUUCCGACUCGAGUACGCCAUCUUCGCAUCGACCCUGUAAAGCAUCUGGAGCAUCUCAUCGAAAAGGACGGUAUCCAGGUGUUCGAACUGCGUAAUGACCAUGCAACAAAUGGUUGCAUCGCUGGAGGAGUUGAAUGCUGUGAUCUGACAGCUCACACUGUUUCCAGACGUCUGCAGACUUCUGGACAGCUGUACCAUGAGCGCAUCUACUUCGUGCCACAUUACGAUGACCAGUGCAUGAAGGAUGUUCCCAAGGAUAAGGAGUUCCUCAUCCAAUACUCAACUGCGCUGAAAUAUGUUGUCGCCCGUGGUCUCGCACAAUGGGACAAGGCAGGCAUCUUGAAGAAGAUGACCAACGGUGCCCUGCUGAAAGUUGCACUCGAUGCUCUGAAACCUUAUGGAGGAAAUGAAAUCACGGAAACCACGCUCCAAACAUUCAUGGAUGACAGCAGAUGCCCAAUACUGCAUGCUUUCCAUGAGAUCUUCAACCUGAACUUCACCGACGACAUGAUCGCCUCGGACUUCGAGGAGCUGGUGGUGAACAAGCUGAAGCCGCUCAAAGCUGUGUUCGACUGCGAUCGCCUCUGGGCAGCUGCACUGCUCGAAGACCGCGUUAUCAAGACCAUACAGGACAUCUGCAUCGAGAACUCUGCUGGACACAAUGCCAAGAUGUGUGCCGUUGAGCUGAACUCCUUUGAGCAGCUUAAACAAUGCGUCGAGUCGAACUUGUCUCAUCCACUUUUGGAGAUCGAACAUCUUGCCGUUGGCCCAAAUGUUGACCAGUUGGACGAUAACUCACUUGAGCAAGUUGGAGCUCGUAAAGUGCGCCUGACUAUCGAUGAUAACUUCACCGGACAUAACGAUGCCAAAAAUAACGACUACCUCCUUGUUGACAAAGUUUUGUGCAGGAAAGAGAAUCCGGCUGCUUACUUGCAUUCGUUGAAACAUCUUCUGCGUGAUGACGGUUUCAUAAUUGUUGUGGAGGUCACAUCUGACUACGAGCUGGCUUUCGUAAUCCAAGGCUUGUUUGGCCAGGAAGUGUCUGUCACGAAAGAGCGACAGUUUGGCACCUACUUCUCGCACGAGGAGCUGUUGAAACUGUUCAACGAAACUGGCUUCAAGCUGUGCAACUACCAGCGUGACCCGUCGCUGAUGACAACAUCGUACAUCAUUCGCAAAACGCCUUCUGUUCCACGAGAUCCUGUUUUCAUCGACGUUGACGACGUCAAAGAGUUCACCUGGAUCGAGCCAUUGCAGAAGGUCAUUGAAGAGCGUCUCAAUGAACCAGACAGCAAGACAAUUUGGCUCAUGAACACAAAGGUGCGCAAUAAUGGUGUGAUCGGACUGGCUCUCUGUUUCGUGGAGGAAAAUCUGAAAUCGAACCGAUUCCGUUCAAUUGUCGACAUAUCUUUGAAUAGGAAGCGACGUGAAGGACCGGCAGAAAUUAAGCUUGGUGAUCCGAAGAUACAGAAAUUGAUAGACCUUGACCUGCAUGCUAACAAUUACAAGGACGGUGUAUGGGGCUCGUUGCGGCAUUUCGUCGUUAAAGAUGAAGAUGCACACACUUUCAAAGAUUGCCAGCACGCUUUCAUCAAUACGCUGACACGCGGAGAUGUAUCUUCUCUAACCUGGUUCGAAUCACCUAACCAGUAUUUCGAUGUGAUUGAGGGCAAGAGAAGCACGCAUGAACUUUGCUCUGUUUACUAUGCUCCGAUCAACUUCCGCGACGUCAUGUUGGCGUACGGUCGUCUGCCACCUGAUGCUAUCCCCGGAAACUUCGCGGACCGAGAAUGUCUUCUUGGGAUGGAGUUCGCUGGAAAGCUCAAGGAUGGCACGCGUCUUAUGGGUAUCCUUCCCGCCCAGGCUCUGGCUACGACUGUCAUCGUCGAUCGUGACUACGCCUGGGAAGUGCCGGAGCAGUGGACCUUGGCUGAAGCAUCCACCGUGCCUGUUGUGUACACGACUGCCUAUUAUGCCCUUGUGUGUCGUGGACGCAUCAAGAAGGGUGAGAAAGUGCUAAUCCAUGGAGGAGCUGGAGGUGUGGGACAGGCUGCCAUCGCAAUCGCACUCGCAAAAGGUUGUGAGGUCUUCACAACAGUUGGCUCGCAGGACAAGCGUGCAUACCUGAAGAAGAAGUUCCCUCAAUUGCAAGAGCAUCAUUUCGCCAAUUCGCGGUCCGCUGAUUUCGAGCUUCACAUUCGCCAGUACACCAAGGGACGAGGUGUAAACAUUGUCCUGAACUCACUUGCGCAUGAGAUGUUACAAGCAUCGCUGCGAUGUCUGGCUCGGCAUGGAAGAUUCUUGGAGAUUGGAAAAGUUGAUCUAGCGCAGAACUCCUCACUUGGAAUGUCGAAACUGCUCGAUAAUGUCUCCAUCCAUGGCAUUCUUCUUGACUCGAUUAUGGAUCCUACUGUUGGAGAUAUCGAAGAAUGGAAAGAAGUGGCUCGUUUGCUAGAAGAGGGCAUCAAGAACGGAGUCGUACAACCGUUACCAGCUUCACUGUUCCCAUCUGACAAGGCAGAAGAUGCUUUUAGAUUCAUGUCCGCUGGACGACACAUCGGAAAAGUUGUGAUGGAAAUCCGAAAAGAAGAAGCAGAUCGUUCUGCUCCGCCAUCGCCAAUCUCAGUCCGCGCCAUCUGCCGCACUCUUUGUCAUCCUCAGCACGUCUACCUCAUUACCGGCGGUCUUGGUGGAUUUGGACUUGAGCUUGCCCAAUGGCUCAUCAAUCGUGGAGCAAGAAAACUUGUUCUCACCUCUCGAACUGGUAUUCGCACUGGAUAUCAAGCACGAUGUGUGCAUUUCUGGCGAAGAACUGGCAUAUCGGUGUUGAUCUCUACGCUAAACAUCGCCAAGCGGUCAGAUGCAGAUGAACUGAUACGUCAGUGCUUGACCAUGGGUCGACUAGGAGGAGUUUUUCACCUUGCUAUGGUCCUUCGUGAUUGUCUGUUCGAAAACCAAAACGUCCAAAACUUCAAAGACGCAGCGGAAGCGAAGUACUACGGAACGAUCAAUCUUGAUUACGCCACACGCGACCACUGUGACGAAGCCUUGCGAUGGUUCGUCGUGUUCUCGUCCAUCACCUCCGGUCGUGGAAAUGCCGGCCAGACCAACUACGGUUGGUCCAACUCCACUAUGGAGCGUAUGAUAGAGCAACGCCGUGAAGAUGGCUACCCUGGAAUCGCUAUCCAGUGGGGAGCGAUCGGAGAUGUGGGAGUUAUCCUAGAAAACAUGGGAGACAACAAUACUGUCGUCGGUGGCACCCUUCCACAGAGAAUGCCGUCUUGCCUCGCGUCAUUGGACAUGUUCCUGUCUUGGAAUCAUCCUAUCGUUUCAUCCUACAUUAAGGCAGACAUGGGACAAAAGAAAGCAGCGGGUGGUGGCAAUCUUCUUCAGACCAUCGCGCACAUCCUUGGCGUGAACGAUGUGUCCCAGCUGAAUCCCGACGCGAAUCUGGGAGAUCUCGGACUCGACUCGCUGAUGGGAGUUGAGAUUAAGCAAGCGCUUGAGAGGGAUUACGAUAUCGUGCUGUCAAUGAAGGACAUCCGCACGCUUACCCUGAACAAAUUGCAAACAUUAGCCGAAAGUGGAGGACAGGGCGAUACAGCUCUUCAACCGACUGAACUCGAUAUGAAACUUGAAACUGAACGUGAUGCCGAGCAAAACACUGUAGAAAUGUUGGAGAAACAGAUGAACCAACUGUUCAAGAUGAGAGUAGAUGUUAAUGAUCUCGAUCCUCAGGAUAUAGUUGUGAAAUGUAACAAGAUCGAAGAAGGUCCUGUCACGUUCUUCGUGCAUUCCAUUGAGGGCAUCGCUACCCCUCUGAAACGUGUCAUGACCAAAUGCAACUUCCCCGUUUAUUGUUUCCAAUCUACCAAAGAUGUCCCGCAAGAUUCUAUUGAAAGCGUAGCAGGAUGCUAUAUUAGAGAAAUGAAGAAAAUUCAACCAAAAGGCCCAUACCGACUCGUAGGAUACUCCUACGGAGCAUGUAUCGGAUUCGAGAUGGCCACUAUGCUACAAGAAUCCGACGGCCCGUCUGCUGUAGAACGGCUAAUCCUCCUCGACGGAUCUCAUUUGUACAUGCAAACGUAUAGGAAUGUAUACCGAAUGGCUUUUGGAGUCACAGGAGACACUCUCGUGAACAACCCACUAUUUGAGUCAGAAAUCAUGUGCGCUAUGACUCUUCGGUUUGCAAACGUUGACUACAAGAAGUUCCGUGUUGAGCUGUUGCAACAGCCUGGAUUCAAGGCCCGGAUACAGAAGGUUGUCGACACUGUGAUGACAACUGGUUUGUUCAAAUCGCCGGAAACUAUCGCCUUCGCGUGCGAGGCCAUGCGGUCCAAGUUCUUGAUGGCUGACAAAUACAAGCCUGAGCGCAAGUUCGCCGGCCUGAUCACCCUGGUGCGAGCGGAGCAGGGUGCCGCGCGCGAGGAGGACGUCGGCCACGACUACGGUAUCUCGCAGGUGUCGGACGACUCGAAGGUGUUCGUGGUCGAGGGCGACCACGACACGUUCGUGCAGGGCAAGAGUUCGGCGAAGACGGUAGCGAUCAUCAACGAACUCAUCAAGGAUACGUACAAAUGCUAGACCUCGACGUGUGAUAUAGUGUAUGCAUGUGUGUGUUUGUGUGUGUUGAGUGAUGUCACCCGUCUUCCAUUUCUUGCUCAGCCCAAUCGCCCGCACGGGUGAACUGAUAGUUUUAGUUAGGUUUUCAACUCAAAUCGAUUCUCCCCAAGAGUUUUUCGGAGUGCGAAAGUGUAUCGCGCAUAAUGGAAUUCUAUCUGAUGCACAAUUCCAUGCGUCUCCCGGUCGAAGACGUUUUUCGCUAAAAUCUGGACUAUAAGGACACGGAGCAAAGCGCUGCGGAGGUCAUGGGAUCGUGCUUGUACAAUUCAUCAAACAUUAUAUUGAGAGCUUUCUUUCUGACGAUUGGCUUCAUAUACUCUAUUUUUCGCCAUAUUAUUCAAUGAUUAUAGUUUUGUUAUUGUUCAUUACAAAUGUUUAUCUGUCAUACUUUGAAAUAAUAAUUUGCAUAGUCUUUUACGGUGUCUAACUGUAUUGAGAGUUCUUUACUAGGGAUUGAUUUGAACGAAGAGAAACUUUCGUUUCACCUUUAUUCAAUAAAUCUCAUAUGAUUGUUGUCUUCUGUAUAAAUCACAUGAUAAGCACUUGUCUAUUCUGCAAAGUAUCGUACCUGAGGCUAAAAUUUACCUUGUACUGACACAAGAGCAUGAUAUCCGAGACAAGCUUGAACAGGAAGCGUACGAAUUUGCUGAAUUUAUAGCUGAAUCCGAACUGUACUUGCUAUCGAAAAA